AUGGUGGGCAUCGACAAGGGUCUGAAGAGCAGCUAUCUCAUCCCGAGACCGAUCAACAUUCCCACGAGCUACCCUUUAGCUCGUCACGAAGAGAUGUCAGAGCUCUCUCGUUCUCAAGCUGAGCAAAGGCAAACUCAGCUCGAUGCUUCAAGACAGUGUCCGCCAUUUGGAGACGCCUGUCCGCUCAUGUUCGAGAUCGUUGCGUAA